GUCCAGCACGUUCUGUGCACCUUGUCCAAAUCAGACGUCAGAAAGACUUAUUGACACAUUCAACAUGAAGUGUUUCUUAGAACUUUCUCCCUAGAAAAGAAAAAAAAAAAAAAAAAAUCCAAAGUAUUUUUAACUCCACCAACGUUGUCGAUUAUCAGCGUACUAUUAUUUCCCAUAAACCUCUCGCUGAUCUUUCAUCUUCAACCUGAAAUGAAUUCCCCCACUCUCAUUUUCGUUCUCACAAUCUUGUUAUUCUCAAGCUGUUCUUUGAUUCUGGCUCAGCAACCUUAUGAAGGAAAGGUAACAACGGAUUGUGGCAAUAACGCAAAUUCUGCUCUUGGCUACUCCUGUAAUGGCCUAAACACAAGUUGCCAAGGCUACCUCACCUUCAGAUCCCAACCCCCAUACAACUCUGUUUCUGCCAUCUCUGCUCUCUUGGCCUCCGAUCCAUCCCAGCUCUCUCAGAUUAUCUCUGUUUCAGAGACUGCAACAUUUGAAACGAACAAAUUGGUGCUUGUUCCAGUCAACUGCUCCUGUUCAGGUCAUUACUACCAAGCAAACGCGAGUUAUGUUAUAAAGACUGAAGAUACUUAUCUCUUGAUUGCUAAUAACAUCUUCCAAGCCCUUUCCACCUGUCAAGCUCUUCAGAAUCAAAGCAGUCAUGGCGCUACUAGUUUACCUGCUGGUGCAACAAUCAAUGUUCCUCUUAGAUGUGCUUGUCCUACUAAGAAUCAAAUUGAUGUGAAUGUCAAUUAUUUAUUGACUUACCUGGUCGCUGCCGGUGAUUAUGUUGCAUCCAUUAGUGAGAGAUUUGGCUCCAGCACUGAGAUGACUUUGGCGGCUAAUGAGCUUUCUGCUCAGAACCCCACAAUUUACUACCCCACCACACUUCUGGUUCCUCUGCAAGAUCCGCCUUCAAGCUCUCAAACCAUAGAACCCCCUCCUCCCCCACCAUUGGCAUCACCGCCGCCUCCCCCCUCCAGUGAAAGCUCAAGCAAAACAUGGGUUUAUGUCCUUGUUGGGGUUCUUGGAGGAAGUGCUCUUGUAUUGGUCUUUGGCACAGUAAUAUUCUGCGUAUUUUUCCGUAAAAGCAAGAAGAAAUCUGAUUCUGUCAUUGUCUCGGAUCACUUUGAGGCACAUGCGAAACCAGAAAAGAAGAAGGUGGAGGAAGAAUCCGAGGACUUCUUAGAAAGCAUAUCUAGUAUGGCUCAAUCCCUCAAAGUGUAUAGUUUUAAGGAACUCCAAGAUGCAACAGAUGAUUUCAGUCCUAGUUGCUGGAUUCAAGGAUCUGUUUAUCGUGGCAAGUUUAAUGGGGAUUUGGCAGCCAUUAAGAAAAUGAAUGGAGAUGUAUCGAGAGAGAUAAAUUUGUUGAACAAGAUCAACCAUUCUAAUAUUAUAUGCCUCUCUGGCAUCUGUUUCAACAAUGGUCAUUGGUACCUUGUUUACGAAUAUGCUGCAAACGGACCGUUGAGUGAUUGGAUCUAUAACAGCAGCAGCAGUGAUAGGAAAAUUUUGAGCUGGACGCAGAGAAUGCAGAUUGUAUUGGAUGUGGCGACUGGACUGAACUAUCUUCAUGGCUUCACUGCUCCUCCCCAUGUCCACAAGGAUAUAAAGAGCAGCAACAUUCUUCUGGACGGUGAUUUGAGAGCUAAGAUUGCGAACUUUGGUCUGGCAAGGUCAGCUCAAGGUCAGGAAGGCCAAUUUUCCUUGACAAAGCACAUCGUCGGGACAAGAGGCUACAUGGCUCCUGAGUAUUUGGAAAAUGGUUUUGUCUCCACAAAGCUUGAUGCCUAUGCAUUGGGGGUUGUGAUGCUGGAGAUAGUGACUGGGAAAGAGGUUGCUGCCCUGUAUGAGGAGGAGAAUAUGCAGUUAUCAGAUGUCUUGAGUGUGGUGCUUCGUGAGGAGGAUGUAAAUGAAAGUUUGAGGCACUUCAUGGAUCCCUCCCUCCGAGGGAAUUAUCCUUUGGAACUUGCUGUUUUUGUGGUCAGAUUGAUUGAUAGCUGCUUAAACAAAAAUCCGGCAGGGCGACCAGCCAUGGAUGAGAUUGUGCAAUCUCUCUCAAGAACGUGCAAUGCUUCCCUGACCUGGGAAUCCACAAAUUAAGAGCAUAUCAGCACGACAGUUUCAGCAGAACAUCCGUAUCAGUAGUUGAAAUACGAUCAUUCAUUCACUUUUCUUAUGUUUUAGUGAUUAAUCUUUCUCCCAUUCAGUUAGGACUUAUUUUUGAUUCAAUGAUAUGAGAUUCUGUCGCAA